CAAUUAGCUCAUACUCGUGUUGCUCGUCACACGUAUGAAAUACAUAGAUCGCUGGCAAGGUACAUGAAGACAACACCUUCUGCGAUGGUCCCUCUACUCCUCGUCACUCACGAGCGAAACAAAGGCAGAGAAAAUGAUCUCGGGAAGGAGCCGCCUUUGCAUCUUUUCGCGGAUAAAUUCAGCAUUGAUCUGGUGUUCUUGCUGCCGGUCGUUCGUCUGCACCUCCGACAGAGCCGUGUCCAGGACGUGCAAUGCAUCCAAUUUGGUGAUCCACCCGUCGAACUCAUUGACGGCCCAGUAAAGCACCAAGCCGAGCAUAUUGCCAUCUG